AUGAGCUUAUCUUUUUCUGAAUCCAAAACCUUUAAAUUAAACGCUUUUCAAUUGAUUGAUAAGAUUAAAAUUCUUGCUGAGCAAUGCUUUUAACUGAGUAGAAUAGGAACUGUUGUCCUUGACUAAUAAAUGGAGGAAAAUGAAAUUUUGAGUACUUAUGGUUCAUUUGUGUGUAUAGUCCAAAAAAUCAUUGAAUAUAGAUAAAGACUAUCAAAGUUCAACGAGAUAAUUGAAUGUUGCUUGAGUUUGAUUAGAGACUAUGAAUAUGUUUUUAAUACAUUCUAAGAUUUAAAUUCAUAAUAAAGAAAAAUAAGCAGCAAAGUAUCAGUUAAUAAAUAAAUCUUUGCUCAAUGCAAAAACGAUAUCUCUGAUCUCAUAAAAUUCUUUAAUAGUUAUGAAACAAUUUAUCCCACACUAUGCAAAAUAUAUCAAACUAUCGAAAAAAAGAAAUGA